AUGUCUGGUACUUACAGCGCUCUGGACCAGGAAGCAGGAAAUGUUUCAAUAGACCGAGGUUUGGUGAAACGGCGCCGCAACCGGCGAAUCCAGCUCAGCCUACUGGUUCUUCUCGUGUCCUGUAGCGUGACAGCAUUUUUACUGCUAAAUAACUGUGGUUGGCACGACGACUUGUCGUCUGCAAAUUCGGUCUCAUUAGACGCUUUAUUAAAAGGAGAUUAUAGAGCGCGUCACAAAGCUAUUUCUUGGCUGCCCGACGGAAUUGAUGGUGAGUACUUGGAGACCAACGAUGACGAGUGGUUCCUUGCUAAAUGGCCAGCUAGAGAAGCGCGACACAUUGUCAACACUACUAUAACAAUUGAUGGGGUGGCUAGAACUGUGGAGCAUGUUACUCUUAACAAGCAACGUACUCACGCUUUGGUAUCAACCAACCGCCAGUCGAAUUGGCGCUGGUCUGUGUUUGGCCGCUACUGGUCGAUUGAGAUUGACACAGGCAAAAUUGAGCCUUUAAAAGCACCGGGUGAGAAUGCCUAUAUGCUUUCAAUUGCACAGUUCUCCCCCAAAGAGAACAAAGUGGCAUUUGUGCACGAGAGAAACAUCUACGUCAAAGACAUCGACAGCGGCGAGACCAUACAGGUAACUACUGAUGGCGGAGCAAAUAUUUUCAAUGGAAUUCCUGACUGGGUCUACGAAGAAGAGGUUUAUAGUGGAGAUUCUGUCAUGUGGUGGUCGCCAAAUGGCCAGUUUUUGGCUUAUCUACGGACGGACGAAACCGACGUUCACACCUAUCCUUUGGAGAUGUUUAUGAACAAAGCACCAGGCUCGCCUGCCCUUCUUUAUCCCCAGAUCUCAGAAAUAAAGUACCCCAAAGCCGGUACGAUAAAUCCAAAGAUCAGCUUGUGGCUUUACGAUGCAGUGUCCAACAACGCAUCCGAAGUUUCUGUUUCCUCUUUCAACGACCGCUUGAUCACCGAGGUUCUUUGGCUUGGUGAUUCAAAUCUUCUUGUCAAGAGCUCAGACAGAGUCAGUGACACUUUGGAAAUCUCUGUUGUUGAUGCAAAGGCUUCGUCCUCCAACGUUGUUCGGACUUUGCAAAGCAAAGGUAGCUGGUUUGAGAUUUCACAAAAUACGCUUCACGUACCAGCAGAUGCUUCUAGGGGCCGUGAGUAUGAUGGGUACAUCGACACUGUUGUUGUAGAUGGAUUCAAUCACUUGGCCUACUUUUCUCCGGCAAAUGCUAGUGAGCCCACCCGUAUUCUCACUAGUGGUAAGUGGGAGCUGGGAGAAGGAUCUUAUCAGGUUAACGUCGCUACGAAUGAGGUUUAUUUUGUUGCAACCAAACGAUCAUCUACCGAACGACAUAUUUACAAGGUUUCGUUGGUCGCUGAGAGCGGAAUUGAGCAAGUCACUCCUGAUGUCGAGGCUGUGUUUUCUGCGUCUUUUACUUCCGAUGGCUCUCAUGCAUUGAUUUCUUACAACGGCCCUUCGAUUCCUUAUCAAAAAGUAGUCAAAUGGGAGGCCAACACCAUUGUUGAUGCUCCGUUCAUUGAAGAAAACAACGAGCUGCGUGAACUGGUCGAGAAACUUCAUUUGGGCGAGGUCAUCUAUACCGAGCUUGAAGUUGAGCCGGGUGUGUUUGUUAACGUUCGUGAAAUAAGACCUUCCUCGUUUUCAAAAUACACGAGACAUCCUGUGCUUUUCUUCAACUAUGGCGGCCCUGGAUCUCAACAAGUGGUCAAAACAUUCACGCUCGAUUUCCAGCGCGUCUUUGCCGAAACACACAAUGCUGUGGUUGUUACGGUUGACCCACGAGGAACAGGUUUCAAAGGCGUAGACUUCAGAUCGGUUGUUCGUGACAAGCUUGGUCACUACGAGUCUCAUGACGUUAUUGCGGUGGCCAAGGACUAUUCAGCAAGGCGUUACAUUGCUCAGGAAACUAUGUCGAUUUGGGGUUGGUCGUAUGGUGGCUAUUUGACCCUCAAGACCUUGGAACAGGAUGGCGGCGAGACCUUCAAAUUUGGUGCUGCCGUUGCACCCGUAACUGAUUUCCGGUUUUACGACUCUAUUUAUACGGAACGGUACAUGCAUACUCCUCAAACGAAUCCUCGUGGAUAUAAUGCAACCGCAGUUUCAGAUGUUUCAUCUCUGGGCAAAUGUACCCGGUUCCUGAUCAUGCACGGCACCGGCGAUGAUAAUGUCCAUCUACAAAAUACUUUAAGCCUCGUUGAUCAAUUAGACGAGAAGUCGAUUGGAAAUUACGACCUUCACUUUUAUCCAGACAGCAACCACGCCAUUUCAUUCCAUAACGCGAACCCGAUGGUCUAUCACCGUUUAGAUCAAUGGCUUUGGCAACAACAUUUCCACGCUUCUAAUCCAGACUUUGAUUUUUGA